AUGCCGAAAAUAAUAUCUGAGACUUUGUGGGAGCUUGCUGCCGCUGACGUUCAAAAAAGACAAAGUGAAGUAGAGGAUGAGAGCCGCAGUGUGGAGCCGAGCGAAAGGACCGUGUUUCUGAUCGGCAGUAAGGCCGGGGGUAAGACGUCUAUUCUCUACCGCUGCCUUGACAAAGAAGAAUUUCCUAAGCCCACUUUGGCUUUGGAGUACAGUUUUGGUCGGCGCACCAGGGGACAUAACACGUGUAAAGAUAUUGCUCACCUGUGGGAGCUGGGAGGUGGCAUUUCACUGUCAGAUCUUGUACAGAUCCCAAUCAGCCCAUCAAGCAUCAGGACUCUUUCCAUUAUUCUUGUGCUGGAUCUUUCAAAACCAAAUAGUUUGUGGGAAACAAUGGAACGAUUAUUACACAGUACUCAAGAGCAGGUCAAUAAGGCUUUUCAACAGCAACAGCAAGAGCGAGGGAGUGGCAGUAACCAACGGACACGAGUCCUGCCUAAAGACUAUCCUGACAGAGAGCUCAUUAAUCCUUUCCCUGUUCCCCUCCUCGUUAUUGGCAGUAAAUAUGACCAAUUCCAGGAGUUUGAUUCCAACCAAAAGAAGUUGAUUUGUAAGACACUUCGGUUUAUUGCUCAUUACUACGCUGCCUCUCUAAUUUUUACCAGCAUCAAGUCUGAGAGCUUGAUGUCUAAAACCAAAGUAUUCAUUUCUCAUCUUGCAUUUGGCACUGACAAAGGAAAAACAAUGUCUACUGAUUCCACCAAACCACUCAUCAUUCCUGCUGGUACCGAUUCAUUCGGCCAAAUUGGCACACCCCCUUCUUCUGAUGUGACCUCACUACAGGCAAGAAACCCUAAAGACCUUUGGAAGAAAGUGUAUGAGUGUACCUUCCCUCAAGAGACUGUCAGGGAGAAAAAGGAAUUGAAGGAUCCAGCCAAGGACCCACAGUACGGGGAGCCACAGAUCGAUGCCAUGAGAGCCCAAAAAGACCAAGAACUGGAGAAAUACAAAAGAGAUGUGGCCAAGUCGUGGAAAGGACUAAACUUUGAGUCCUGA